AUGACGCAGAACCGGAUGCUGCUCGGGACGGUCUCCGUCUCGUUCUUCACGCAACUCGCCUUGGUGUAUGUGCCCCUGAUGCAGGCGGUGUUCCAGACGGAGGCCCUGCCAGCAAACGAUCUGUGUCUUCUGCUGGGCCUCGCCGGGUCCUCGAUGGCGCUGCACGAGGGCCGCAGGAGGUACGAGCGGUCGCUGAACGCGGCAGAGUCGUGGGCUUCGACGUUGCUGAGAAAACGCGCACAAAGUGGGGUCAUUGGUGCUUGGAUCGACCGAUAUCAGGCUGCUGGGACCAUACAAAAAAGCAGAAAUUUGUCGAUUUCCUGA